UUAUAUAGAUUUGACGUCUCUUGACUGCUUUUUUAUGCUUUCGCGUGAAAGAAAUUAUAAAAGAAAGAAAAGAGGCAUUUGAGAGGACAACCAUUAGUCCCGAAAAGCUUUCUUCAGGCUUAGUGGUGGGAACAAUGAGAAAUGGAGCGUACGAAGAAUCCAAAGGAACUAGACCAGAAGAAGAAGAAGACGACGACGAAGAAGAAGAAGAAUAUGCCAGUAGUACGGACGAGGAAAAAUGGAGAAAGCACUAUUCUUCGAAGCAAAGAAUCCUCUUGAUCGGCGAUGGCGACUUCUCCUUCUCCCUAAGCUUGGCCAGAACCUUCGGCUCUGCUCGAAACAUGGUCGCCACUUCCCUCGAUACUCUCGAGAAGAUAGGGAAGAAGUACGGAAACGGAAUAAGGAACGUGAUGGAGCUGGAAGAUAGAGGGUGUUUGGUGUGUACGGAAGUGGACGCAAGGCAGAUGAGCCAACACUUCUUCCUCAAAACUCAGAGGUUCAACAGGAUCGUCUACAACUUCCCUCACGUUGGCUUUUACUACCCUGAAGAUAGUUGUUGCCAGAUCCAGAUGAACAAGACAUUGGUGAAGGAAUUUCUGAAGAAUGCAAAAAAGCUGUUGAACAAAGAGGACGGUGAGAUUCACAUAACGCACAAGGAGGGUGAACCUUACAACAAAUGGAAUCUAGAGAAGAAGGCAAAGAAGAUAGGGCUGUUUUUGCAUGAAAUCGUUCGGUUUCGCAAGGAUGACUACCCGGGCUACGACAACAAAAGAGCUCAUGGUGGUAAUGCUGAUGCCCCCUUUCACCUUGGGCAGUGUAGUACUUACAAAUUUAGGCCAAGUUAAGAAUGCACCACAUCUCUAUGUAGUUUGCUUAAGUAUAUUGGCAAAUAGAUCAUACUUGAUCAAAAAGGUUGGACCUUAAGAGGCAAUUCCAAUACUCUAUCCAUCUUCUGUACUAGGUGGAACUGGAAUGUAUGUAUUUAAUGAACUCCAUGAGGGCUUUGCUAAUGUUUUCAAUGGAAAAUUUUAAGUACUAACUUAUCACUUUUGGGUA